GCAGCUCUUCUUCCCACCUCGCACUGGUCGCAACACCAACACCCACCGGCCACCAUGGCCAACGUCCAGCAGACUCAGGCGUUCUAUGCGCUCACACUGGAAGCGCCUUCCGCGCCGACUGCCGCCGUGCUCUGCAAUGUCAUUCCGGGACUCAAAACUGGCGACCAGCAAAUCUUCGAAGCGCGAGGCCAGCGCGUUUUACUGCACCGCAUCACCGAGAGCGCCGACCGGACAGAACGCAAAAUCACGACAGUAUGCGAUCAGGAUGCCUUCGGGAUCAUUCGCGGCGUCGCCGCAUUUCGAAUCCCUGCAACCGCCACAGACCAGCUUGUGAUUUCCUCCGACUCUGGACGAGUAGCGAUGCUACAGUAUGACCACGAAAAGAACCGCUUCAAGCGCCUCCACUUGGAAACAUACGGUAAGUCAGGUGUGCGACGGACCAUUCCAGGUCAAUAUUUGGCGAGCGAUCCUCGAGGGCGAUGUAUCAUGAUGGCGAGUGUGGAGAAGAACAAAGUAGUCUACAUGUUGAAUCGACAUGCCGACGGGAAUAUUCUGAUAUCGAGCCCACACGAGGCCAAUCAGUGGGGCAGCUUGUGCUUUGCGCUGUGCGCUUUGGAUACGGGAUGGGAACCUCCCAUUUUCGCGACUCUCGAAGUCGAGUACACCGAAGCGGAGAGUGAUCCCACGGGAGAGGCGUAUCAGCGGAGAGAAAAGCAGUUGGUGUACUACACGGUGGAUAUGGGUCUGAACCAUGUCGUCAAGACGUGGAGCGAGCCAGUGGACUACACGGCAAACAUGCUUUUCGGAGUACCUGGAGGACAAGACGGCCCAUCCGGCGUGCUCGUGUGUUGUGAAGACCGCAUCUACUACAAGCACGACAAGGCAGCCAAUCUUUCGAUUGCCAUUCCACGAAGAGAAGGUGCAACCGAAGACAAGGAGCGGAAGCGACAAAUUGUGGCGGGCUGCCUGCAUCUAGCAAAGACCAGACAUGAAUUCUUCUUCUUCUUGCAGACCGAAGAUGGCGAUGUCUUCAAGCUCAACAUCAACAUGGCUACGGACGAGCAGGGACGACAAACAGCAGACCCUGAACAGAUCGUGCUGAAGUACUACGACACAUUCCCGGUGGCUAAGCAAAUGCUGCUGCACAAAAAGGGGUUCUUGUACAUUGCCGCCGAAGACGGAAACACACAGCUAUUCCACAUCGAUGACCUUGCGGACGAUCCUGAGUUCGAGCCACACAACACCUUCACCUCCGACGGCGUCUCGACGGAUCCCAGCGAGCCCAUUGAGCCAACAUACUUCAAGCCACGCGAGCUCACGAUGACACAUCUGGCUGUUGAUGUGCCAGGCUUGCAUCCAUUGAUGAAGACUAGAGUGGACAAUUUGACUCACGAAGAUGCCCCUCAGAUCUACGGAAUUCAGGGCAAGGGCAACCGAAGUCAGUUCAAGACUAUCAGGCACGGUCUAGAUGUCGAAAUCCUCAUUAACAAUAGCAUGGGAAAUGUGCCUUACGACAAUAUCUGGACCUUCAAACACCGAGCGACGGACGAGCACCACAGAUAUCUUUUGUUGAGCAGCAACUACGGCGAUCUCACAAUCGCGUGCUCGAUUGGCGACUCCGUGGAGCAGAUCGAGAACUCGAAUUUCUUGGAAAAUCGAGCUACGGUGCACGCAGAACAAAUGGGAGAUGCUGUACUCGUGCAAGUGCAUGCCAGAGGUAUCCGAUCUAUAUACCAGGAUGGCAAGCUGAAUGAGUGGAACACUCCAUCACAUCGCACAUGUGUCGUGGCUUCAGCGAAUCAGUACCAGCUCUUGCUGGGCCUGAGUUCAGCAGAGCUCUGUUUCUUCUUCAUGGGCGAAGACGGCGUUCUCGUCCAACUGGAUGAGAUGCCCGAGAUGAGCGGUAAAAUUACAGCAAUGUCGGUAGGGCAAACACCAAAGGGACGACAACAAUCGAAAUAUGCAGUGGUAGGCUGCGACGACUGUACCAUUCGUGUCCUCAGUAUCGAGCUCGAUACUCCACUCGAGGCGCGAAGUGUGCAGGCUCUGUCUGCAGUCCCUACUUCUCUCGAAAUCGUGGAGAUGCUUGAUCCUGCUUCCGGUACUACCAUCAAUGUCGUCCACAUCGGUCUGCAGUCAGGCCUAUAUCUCCGUGCAGUCAUCGACGAAACAACUGGAGAACUUGGAGACGUCCGAACCAAAUUCCUCGGCACGAAAGCCCCUCGCUUGUGUCCAGUGCAAGUCGAGGACGAAGAUUGCGUGCUCGCAUGCUCAAGUAGACCAUGGCUCGGCUACAACCAUCCCCAAUCGCAUCUCUACACGGUUACGCCUUUGAUCGCAGAGCAAAUGGAAGCCGCACGAGCCUUCAUCAGUCCCGACCUCAGUGGACUUUGCGCCAUCCAGGGAUCUUCACUUCUCAUCUUUCAGCUGCCAUCAGUAGAGGGCAGACUUUCACACAGCGCAAUACCGCUGAACAACACUCCUCGUGGCAUGACUCGGAAUCCGUACUUCCCGAUCUGGUAUACUGUCCAAGCUGAUGGCAACACCCUUUCCAAAGCCACUCGUGACCAGCUCCGCGGUAAGGUCAUCGACGAUGAUGAAGAAGCCACGGCGCUCGAGCGCCAUCUUGGACUGCCACGCGGUACUUCGCAUUGGGCAUCCUGCAUCCAAGCCAUCGACCCACUCAACCGACAAGGCGUUGUGUCCACAGUUGAGCUGGGCGAGAACGAGGCUGCUUUGUGCUGCACGUGUGUCGCUUUCGAGUCACGAAACUAUGAGUUGUACUUAGCAGUCGGCACCGGACAGCACAUGUCGCCAGGCACUGCACAGCAGGCUGCCGGUUACGUGCACAUCUACAAGCUUGAGGAGGACGGCACAAAGAUGACAUUCGUUCACAAGACCAAGUUCGCACAGCCGAUCUACGCCCUACUACCUUUCCACGGGCGACUGGCGUUGGGCGUGGGCAACGAGCUGUUAAUUUACGACAUGGGUAUGAAGGCUCUGCUGCGAAAAGCGCGUGGGACAGCAACGCCCAACCAGAUCGUCUCGCUCGAGGCGCAUGGUAAUCGCAUCAUCUGCGGUGAUGUCAGCGAGAGUGUCACAUACCUCGUCUAUAAGCCCGGGUUCAAUAGGCUGAUCCCAUUUGUGGACGAUGUCAUCCAGCGAUGGACGACAGGCACAACAAUGAUCGACUACGAGACCGUUGCAGGAGGCGACAAGUUUGGCAAUCUGUGGGUUGUGCGGUGUCCGGAACAACCCAGUCAAGAGGCCGAUGAAGAAGGUGCCGGUGGUUUCAUCAUGAAUGAGCGAAGCUACCUGAAUGGUGCACCAUACCGACUCGAUCUGCGUGCACACUACUACUGCCAAGACAUCCCCAUGAGCUUGCAGCGUACCGCACUUGUGGCUGGAGGUCAAGAAGUGUUGUUCUGGUCUGGUCUGCAAGGUACACUCGGCAUGCUCGUGCCAUUCGUCACUCGCGAGGAUGUCGAAUUCUUCACUUCGCUUGAGCAGCAAUUGCGUGCGGAGGAUCCUCCCCUUGCAGGACGAGACCAUCUCAUGUAUCGAUCGUACUACGUCCCUGUCAAGGGCGUCAUUGAUGGCGAUCUCUGCGAACGUUUCAUGGCGCUCAGCUAUGACAGCAAGCAGAAGGUUGCGGCAGAAGUGGAUCGCAGUGUGAAGGAGAUUGAGAAGAAGGUGCAGGAGAUGAGGACGAGAGUGGCGUUUUAAAUGACUGCUGUCGCUCAGCAUUGCUUCGAGAUCGCUGGCAUAAGCAGGAAGGCGUCCUUCGAAGCGUACUUUGGAAAAAGCCUCGCUGGGUGUAACAUAGAUGAAACUCAAAAAGCUGGAGAAGGGACGACCGGAAUGAUACCAGCUGAGCGUACUCAAUUGAAUAAGAAAAAGCAUCUUGACACUUCUUCGACC